CUCCUUCCGACUAAGAGGCUUGUAACGAGCAAAGGAUCCCCACGAUGAUCACUUGGUGCCAUAGAGAGGACUUCGCUCAGAGAUGGGAAGAAGAGGAGACGACAGAAGAAGAGGAGACGGCUGAUGAAGAAGACUCGACGUCAUGAAUAGGCGGAGAUCCUUAAAUUAGGAAGAAGAAGGAGAUCUGGUGUGGAGAUAGAAGAAAAAUAAUCUGGUCAAAGACAUAUCUUGAUAAGUACGUGAGCCAGAGUAUGAGAUUGGAUUUCCAAGAGUACUAGAGCUUGUUAAGGAGGUGAGGAAUCACUAAAAUUGUAUGAGAAUUAUAGUUUUGGCUCUGGUGAUUAUGAUUUGUUGUGCAUCUCAGUGUAAAAACAGAGGCUGCUGGUCAAAGUUGAUGCAAACGUUGCAACUGCUCGUUUGUCUUUUUAUUUGGGUUUGGGAACUUGAGUUGGAAACCAGAUUUUCUAUGUUAGCGUAAUGUCCUAAUUCCAAUAUUUGUUGGCUUGCUUAAUCUUGGGCGAUCAUGCUUAACUCGUUGAAAUGAUCAAAUAUUUUUUAGCUUUUGUAUAAAUAAAAUUGCUUUAAGUUAAUUGGCUUUCUUUUUUGUUGCUAGCAGAUUGGUUUGGAUGAUGUAUGUAUGCUUGAUCCAAAUACUAGCUGAACUUUUGAGAAUAUAUCCUUUGAGAACAUCACAAGAUGCGAAGGUGGACAAGGCAGAGAAGCUUAAUGGAGGAAGAAGUAGCAAAAGUGGUGGGUCGUUAGCAGAGGGGACACUAGGUUUAGAGUGGAGAAGGUCCAAGCUCUGGUGUGUGACUGGAAGAUGGAGACAACGUUGGAGUUCUCACGGUGUUGGUCGUGGUGUGGUGCAGAGCUAA